AUGUCCUCCUUCAUCACCCCAACGAAAAGGGCCCAGAAGGGCCAGGCCAUGAGGCCAAAGGCCCUGCAACGGCCCAACCCCGUACGCCAGAUGCGAGAGCACGAAGAGAGGCGCCAGGCCGAGCGUGCCGCCGCCGCCGCCGCCGCUGCCACAGCUGCCACUCGCCCCUCGGGUGGCCUUCAGUGCCCGAACAAGAGCUGUAUCCGCCCUAAUGUCGUCGAUGGAACGUGUCGCAGCUGCGGUCGAGUCGCCGAUGACUCCAAUAUCGUUUCCGAAAUUCAGUUUGGCGAAACGUCCGCCGGCGCUGCUAUCGUCCAAGGUAGCUACAUCGGUGCCGAUCAAGCAGGUGUCCGCAGUCUGGGCCCCAAUUUCCGCCGUAUUGGCGGCUCCUCCGACGAGAGGGAGAGGUCCAUUCGUGAUGCCAAACAGCUCAUGCAAGGUUUCGCCAACCAGCUUAAUAUUAGCGAGUCCCUGGUCGCCGCCGGCGUCCAGGCCUUCAAGCUCGCCUCCGCCGCCAACUUUAUCCAGGGCCGGACCCUACCCAUGGUGGCUGCCGUGUGCCUCUACGCCGCCUGCCCUUUCAAGGCCCUCAAUCGGGCCGUGCCCAUUUGCAGCGACGGUCUAGUACCCGUGUACCCGGAGGACCUCAUCUACCGAUUUGCGAGCAAGCUCGAGUUCUACGAAAAGACGAACAAGGUGGCCGAGGACGCCGUGCGCCUCGUUCGCCGUAUGAGCAGAGAUUGGAUGGUCAUGGGCCGCCGUCCCUCAGGCAUUUGCGGUGCUUGCCUGCUCAUGGCCGCCCGCAUGAACAACUUCCGCCGUACCGUGCGCGAGGUUGUGUACAUUGUCAAGGUCACCAACCACACCAUCCAGAGCCGCCUCGAGGAGUUCAAAUUCACCGAAUCUAGUAACAUGACGGUAGAAGACUUCUUGACGCAAGACUUUCUCGAAUCCUCACACGACCCACCUUCCUUUUACCGAAAAUCCGAUGAAUACAAGGAGUUGAUGAAGGGAAAAAGCCGGAAGCGGAAGCGUAGAAUCACGGACGCCGAGGGCCAGCCUCGAGUGAUUGGCGUGGACAAUCAAGACUCUAUUCCCAUUGACCCAAGCCUGACCAACGAUACUGCCACUUCAACACUUACUCCCUCUACGGAACUUCGCCGAGAUGCGGAUGGCUUUGUAAUCCCACCUCUUCCUUCCGCAUCCACCGUGGACAUGCCCUCUCUCGGGGACCCUAAUAGCUCCGAUGCUCUCGCGAAACUCGCCGCAAAAUUUGGCGACGCCUUGGAAGAAGCCAUGAAUAGCGAUACCGCCUCGCCAGCCACCGCCACUACCUCGCGCAUGCCCGUGACCGAAGCGUGGGAGCGCGACGAGAAUGUGCUCGAGGAGGAAAUUUCCGAGAUUUUCAACGACCCCCAGACCAUGGAGCACGCCAUGGCCUUUAGCAGCGCCGAGCAGCGGGCCCAGCUACAUACCAUGUGGGCUAAUCAGCAGCGCCCGCAAAAGGAGGUGUCCAUGUCCGAGGUUGUGGGCGAGGAUGAAUUCGCCAACGACCCCGAGGUUAUGUACUGCCUGCUUUCUCCCGAGGAGUCCCUCGUCAAGGAACGCCUCUGGGUCAACGAAAACCGCGACUGGCUCCGCAAUCAACAGGAGAAAGUCUUUCGACGCAAGGCCGAGGCUGACAAGCCCAAGGCCACUCGGCGCCGCCGCAAGAAGCCCCGCAUCGGCGAAGGGCAGACGAGCCCAGCCAGCACCGCCGCCGAGGCUGCCGUCAAUGUCAUGAAGGAGCGCGCCUUCUCCACCCGCAUCAACUACGAUGCCAUCCGCAGCCUGUUUGACAUGCCUACCGGCGCUGGGGAUGACAUGGCGGAACCCGCCGAGAGUGUAGUGGGUGAUGUGGACGAUGAUGACGACGACCUCAUUGGAGGAGAUGACGAUGAUGAGGAAGAGGUGGAUGACGGUGGAUACGAUGAGGAUGACCAGGGCGGCUAUGAUGACGAUGAUGGCGACGACGGUGUCGAAGACGAAUAUUAG